GCUACAAUGGGCAUGGCGAGACUGUAGUCGUGGAGUGCUGCAAGCAGAGUAGUGGCUGCAAAGCUGAGAUGACAGUGUCGGAAUCUCAGGGGGCCGCGGGUGGGGCCGAAGUGGUAUUCCCAGAGGAAGAGAUCCGAUGGGUGUUUCCAACUAAAGCACAGUCUUCAGAAUCAGAACUGGGUAGUAAUGUUUCUCUGCCCAACACAAGUGAGCUAUUGGAUUUUCUCCAGCCAGGUGAACAAAUAGUAGCUUCCUCAAGUUCAGGGAAGGAUUUUUAUGACUCCCUUCAGGCUCUCAAAAGGAAAAACAGACAAUGUUUGUUAGAACUAGGUCUCAUAUACCAGGUACGGCUGGAAAACCACAACAGACCAUCCAAGGAAGAUAAGGAACUGGAAGAAUUUUUCCAAGACAAUGGAAGAUUGACAUUGCCAACAAGGUUCCAUGAAGCUUUGCGAUCUGUCAACUUAAGAAGUUUCAGUUCUUUGACUAACCUCACUGUUGAUAACUCAAAAGAUGAGCAAAAUCAUCAUUCAUUUCCUCAGUCCUUUUCAAGAUCAAAGAGUGCUUCAGCUGCAUGGAUCUCCUCUAUCACCAUCCCUCAGCCCUUCAAGAUGACACUUCGAGAAGCUCGAAAAAAGUUAAAAUCACAUGUAUUACUUGAAAUUGAGUCAGCCACAUACAAAAGGCAAAGCCAGGAAGAAGCUGAAUGCCAGAAACAGUUCAGAGCACAACCUGUGCCUGCCCACAUCUAUCUGCCACUCUACCAGGAAAUAAUGGAAAAGAAUGAAAUUCGCAGACAAAUGGAAACACAGAAGAGAAGAGAGCUGCUCCUCUCAAUGCAAAAACCUUUCAGCUUUCACGUAAAAGAAGAAAAGAGAAAGGAGGCCAUCGGACAGAAGGUUUUAGAAGCAUUGACUCCAAUUGAGAAAUCAGUGCCAAAGGUCAGGAAGAAGAUCUCCAAGUCCAUCUAUGAACCAGUGUUUGGGGAUAAACUCAAAGAGGCUGAACUAUUACGAAAAAUCCGUAUUCAGAUGAGAGCCAAGGAUUUACUAGAAAGUUCCUGGGCUCCUAUUGAGCUUGGCAACAGACAAAGAGAAUCCCAAAUUGCCUCUAAAAACAGGGAACAAAAACUGAGCUUUCUGCAGAACAACUUCAGUUUUAAACCAAGAAUUAAUACAUCUGUGCCUGACUUUGAUGGACUUUACUGGGCAUUCCAGAGAGAAGCAAUAAGCAAACAAGAAAUCAAAGAACCAACUCAUAAUAAACCAUUCAGACUGAGAACAUCUAAUCUCCAUUGCAAACAUCGAGUGUCUAACGAUGGGAUGAUGGAUUUUCAACAACCUUCCAAGGCACCAAUACGAAGAAGCCGGUCUUUGACUUACCUUUCAUCCCUCUCCUCCAACACACUCCCUAUAUAUAUCACAGAUGCAGUGAGAAAGAGAGAGUCUGCUAUUAAACUCCUCCAAGAAGAUAAAAAAUACAAGGAAAAUGAAGGAGCUCGCUGGGCAGAGUUGCAGAGAAAGAAAUGUCAAGCUGUGCAUAAGUCUCUGAGGUGCCGAGCAAACGCUUUAGAUCCCCAUAAAAGCUUGGAGGAAACGCACAGAGAAAAGCUGAAACAAAACUGGCAAAAUGACCAAAAAAGAACAAGAGAGUAUAAAAAAGAACUGGAGGAGAUGAAGAUGCGAGUGAAAAAUAGACCAUAUCUGUUUGAACAGGUCACAAAGAAUGGUGCCCGUCAGGGGGCAGAGAGGCUCUUUCGAGACACAUUGCAGCAGUUUGGGUUAAAUGAAGAAUUUGUGAAAAACAAAGGAAGAGAUGCCACUAACGGUGUAGGGAAGGAGCAGUCUGAAUCGCAGAGAAUACAGACGUUGCAGAGGAAUAUUGAUGCUGGUAUUAUACAAGAACUAGCUCAAGAAGGGCAGAGAAUACUGGAAUUAAAGCAAUUUCAAAAGUGAAAUCUCAAAAAGAUUUAGCACCAGCUGUACUUGAAACAGGGCUAGUGGAUGCAUGAAAGUGGAGAGGUAUGUGCAUAUGCAUUCUUGCUGUGCUGACACACAUCCUGGAAUCCUCAGCCUCUUUGAGUAUUUCAUGCUAAUGAUGCUCAUGCCAACUCAAGGUUCUGCUUCCUGCACUAACUUAAACAGUACCACAAGAGUCUGUGCUGUUUUAAAAUGUUUACGGCUCUGGCUCAGCUGUAGAAAGGAAUUGCUACCAUAGCUGAUGUUUUAGUCAGCUUUUUUCUACAAACUGAAGCAGAUUGGCAUCAAUGAGUUGUUUUUUAAUCUCCCUUCAGCAGUUCUUUUGUUCUGCUUGAAGAAAAGAUGGCCAGAGGAUUGACUCUUAAAGCCCCUGCUCCCUCCCAUGCAGGGCUAAUAAAAUUAUUUGUCCUAGCAAUCUAGAAGACUACCUGUUACAAAUUGAAGAAAAUUUACAAUCCAAAAUGCCAUUCUGAUUCUAUGUCAGCUUACUUGGAAGUAAGCCCCAUUGAGUUCAAAUGGGCUUACUUUCAGAUAAGUGAGUGUAGGAAGCUGACUGAAACUACAAAUAUAUCUAAGCUCGAAAAAGUAGUAUCAUUUUAGUCCAAGUGGCAACUACUGGAAAGCAUGUCCAAUCUUGUUAUUCCAUCUGAAUCUUUAGUAAAAAUGAGUUCUGAUGCUCAAAAACAUGAGGAAACUCAUUGAACCCAAGAUUCUUAGAGACAAUACAUUUAAAGUUUGUUUAGUCAUCCAAAGAUUCUGAUCUAGAUGCUACUACUAAAGCUGCUUUUAUUUUCUGCUGGAUUUUUAUACUACAUUAUAUAUAUUUAUGGUUGCUGUGUUUGUAAUUGUGUUAUAUUUGUAAGCUGUCCAGAGAACUUGGUAACUGGGUGGCACAAUACUAUUUAUUAAGUUUUAUCUGAACCAUAUCAAUACUAAUUUAGAUUAAUAGUGCAGACAAAGCUGUGUUUGCUUGAAACUUAAUUCUGAGCUCAGAGACGGGAAAACAGAUCUGUGAAUUUCCUUAUAUUACAAGUAGGACAUCAUGAAGUGGUCAAUGAGAGUUUAUGCUAUAAUAAAUGUGUUUGGCUUUCAAGGUACUACAAGACUGUCAUUACAUUUUUAUAUGUUCACAAAUAUAAAACUACUUGGAUGCCUUUUGCUCUAGUAAGCAGUAUAUACAUUUGGUUCAAUAAAUAUAUGCAAAACCUUUGAAAUAUAUGAAGGUGUUCUUAAAUGUAGCUUUCACUUUCCCCCCUAAAUUUUCUCUGGCUAGGAAACGCUUCAGUAAUCAUUACUGUUGGAAUAGAGCCUUACGUCUAUGACACAAAAAGCAGAGGAAGCUGUGUUUGUCCAUUAGAAAAAUGUCACAGGAUAGUGAACAAGCUUUAGAGAUCUCUAGCAACCCCUAGGACAGGAGUGGGAACCUCAGGCAUGGUGCUCAAAUGUGGCCGGCUGGACUCUCCAGGCCACACCCAUCACAUACACUCUUUAAAGGUGUGUGCCUGGCUGGAGUACGUCCCUGAACUCAGGUAGGCCUCUUGCUUGUCUGGAUGGAUAGAGAGGGUGUGUGUGUGUAGAAACUAGCCUACUGUACAAAGUUGACCAAUAGUUUUGCCUCUGAACCUACCCACCACUGGUAGUUACCUCUGAAAGACUGCCCAGAAGUGAAUGGGACCCUCUGGCUAGAAAAGAUUCCACACCCUGCACUAGAGGAUCAGCUGCUAUUUGCUUCUUUGUCCCAAUAGUCAUAGGCACAACCAAACUCAAUAAUGUCUAGUAGAGCCUAAUCCAAUUCGGGAAGCAGUCCUAAACUCUGGCAAAGGGCAGCUAGACAAUACAUACAACCCUCUCCAUUAUCAU